UGCUUUGGUAACGGUCUUGUUCCCUUUGCAAAUGGGAGCGGCCAAGGACGGCGUCGUCUCCACCAACAAGCCCAGGCUGAAGAGAGAAGAUUGCAAGCGCACCAAACACGACUCUGUUUUCUCCCAGUGGAAGGUUCUGGUCGGGCCCUCUGAUUGGGAAGACCAUUUCACAGGGAAGGAAGGCGCACAGAGGUAUAGGGUUCAAAAUCUUCCAAAUUGUGCUUCCUGUUCAGGGCUCUAUGAGCUUGGUGUAGUUGUGCCACAUAAUAGGAAGCUUGAUACGAACAAUAUAGUUCCAGUUUACCUCGGACAAGCUGACAAUGUCAGGACUAGGCUGCAGUGUUAUGGCCGUGGAGGAUCUCAUUUGGAGAAUGACAAGUCAAAUGGCAAGCCAAAUGACCCUGUCAAACAGCCUAGUCCUGGUUUGUUUACAGAGAUCUUCUCCAGGGCCUGCUCUGUUGUGUAUCGAUGGGCUCCUAUGAAAGAUAAGAGGGAUGCUGAAAGAAUAGAAGCUCAGCUGCUCGAUGCAUUUGAUUAUGCAUGGAACAAAGAGAAUAAUGAUGCACGCCGGCCUACUGAUAUCUACCAGAAACUUGAUCAAAUCACUUUGCGAUAUGGCCUAUUCUCUGCCAUUGCCAAGAAGCUCGAGAGCUUCCAUCAUCAGAAGGAAAAGGGUAUCAGAAUUGAAGCUUGCAAGCCAUUUCAAUCAGAAAAUGGAUACUGUGAUCAGAGUGAUAGUCUCCUCUCCCGAAUCGUUAAAGUCAGCCGGUCACACCCAAGAUCAGUGUCACAGGGACAUGGUUCCGAUUGGGACCAUUCCACUCCCAGAAUUUGUGGGGUGGCCUUAGGUCAAGGGUCUGUUUGCAGAAGGCUGCCAGUAGAAGGAAGGAGAAGGUGUGCAGAACACAAAGGGAUGAAAAUCAAUGGUUCCACCUUGAAGUUGAUUGAAAGGGAAUCACUUAUUUGUGAUGGUUACUCGGCUUCAAGUUUCAGCUGUGACACAUUGAAGCCCCAAAUGGUUGUGGGUUUUUGCCCUAUUGGGUCCCCAGUCCAAACCCUCCCUGUUGCUAUUCCUACUUUUGGGAAGGACUCUGUUCCCAUUUGUGGCCUUAGCUUGGGCGAUGGUACCAUCUGUAAGAGACAGCCAGUCCGAGGGAGGAAAAGGUGUGAAGAGCAUAAAGGAAGAAGGAUUGCAUCAACCAUGUCCAAGUUGAGAACAGAAAGUGAAUAACAGUAUGCAAGUGAUAAUGUUCCGGAGCAAGCUUCCUCUGCUAAACCUUGAUUUUUAUUAAAUUUAUUUUAGGGGGGGGCGAGUCAUUCUUUGUUGUUAGCCAACUCGACUUAAUGGAUUAAGCUUAUUUUAGGUGGCAAGACAUUCUUUGUUGUUAGCCAACCCUACUUAAUGGAUUAAGGAUUGUGAUUAUUAUUAUA